AAUCAAGAAGGUAUCGGUGCGACCGAUGAUGCAGUCGUGGACUUUGAAGAUGGCGACGCGCGUCUCCAGAUCACCACUGAAACAUCAGAAGAGCUCGUUGGGACACUCCAAGUCUCAGACUCUCAUUCAGUGUCCAUCGUUUGUACUAAAGUCAAGGAGAGCUUAAUGCGCGUCGGAGAAAAGGGUCCAAGGCAUGUAGCAAUUUACAGCAAACUCUCAGCACGUUGUCUGGUUCAUCCAUUCUACGGUAUCGCAAGGUAUAAUGGAAUGCGUUGGCUUGUGUUCCAAAACCUUCGAGGCUCUCCAUCUCUAGCUAGCGCGCUCUCAGAUGAGAGGUGUCUAGAGGAGGUCAUGGAUAGAGUCAAGGUGGCCGCUGAUGUUGCAACAACGAUGACUUACCUGCACUCAGUGGAGAUCCUUCUCAAAAGCCUGACAGAUCAAACGGUUCUGUUGGUAACCGAGAACUCGCAGUUGGUACCGUACUUGACGGAGAUCGAUCGAGCCAGGAUGAUGAAUGAGAUAACGGGCGGAGAAAAGUACGAUGCUCGAUAUGAAGCUCCAGAAAAGCAACAAAUUCGGCAGCAUACAAUACAGACAGACAUCUGGAGUCUUGGAGUCCUGAUAUGGCAAUGUAUCUCCCGAAAGCCGCCUUUCAGCAUAAACAAAAAGGUUCUGCAAGGCGAUCAAGUAACUGAGAUUAGGGAAUCAAUUAAGGCCGGUACUCUUCCUUGGGAUUCUGAUCAAAGCGACCCAGUCUAUGCUAAAGUUGCAAGUCUCGUGCGAAGAUGCUGCAGCAAGGAUCCUAGACAACGACCGUCGGCAAUGGCUGUCAAGGAUAGGCUGAUCGAAAUCCUGCAGGCACCUCCGAUCCAACAACAGCUUCAAAACAUGUCAGAUGACGAGAUAAAUGAGCAGGUUUUCCAACUACUCGAUGAUGUGAUCAAGGAAAAUAAGUUACCUGCUGAGUGCCAGCUAUCCACACUCCAAAUCCAAAAUCUCAAGAAACGCGCGGGUGAACGCGAUGGUCGGGCUGCUUAUCUCUUUGGAAGCGCUGUCUGGGAAGGCAUAGCAGAUCCAGGAGGCAAUUGUCACCAUGAGCCAAUUCUGCUUACUCCUGGUCAUGAUCCAGGUGAUGAACUUCGAUGCCGUGUUGCGAUCGAGUUUCUCGAGCUCGCUAUUCGCAGGGAUGAGAAACUCGCCUACAAGCCCCUUCGCGAAGCAUAUAAAAAGCUAGGAGAAAUAUGCAAGAGUCAACUUAAAUUUCAAAAGACUUCAAAGCUUAGAUAUACUUAAGGUCGCUUCUAUUCAAAAUGUUAAGGUCGCUCUUUUUCAUUCUACCAGCGCGGAAUUUUAAAGCUUAUCCUCAAUCUCUAUGUAGAAGAUCAGAAGAAUGUUAUUUACCCUAAAAGCCUGUACAUAUAUUACUCUAACGCUUAAACGAUAUAGGUGAAUGCAUUAAGCUUAAAAUAGAGACGCAUGU